AUGAAAAACUUGUCUGCCUUUGUGUCUGGUCUACCACCAGAGCUUGAGUACCUGUCGCUUCUUGGUAAUAACUUCAAUGGUUCAUUCUUGUUCAACUCACUGGUCAAUCACACAAGGCUCACAGUAUUCAAACUAUCAUCAAAAGUUGGUAUCAUCCAAGCUCAGGCAGAAAGCCUAUGGGUCCCAGUGUUUCAGUUGGAGAGGCUAGUGUUACACAAUUUCAAUCUAGGCACCACAAUUCCUGGCUUUCUAGUUCAUCAGCAUGCAUGCCUUAGCUUGAGUUACCUAGACUUGUCACUUGUUCAUGGCUUACAAGCUCUCGACAUCUCGAGUAACAUGAUAUACAAUUCAAUUCAAGAAGAUAUAGGGAGCGCGAUGGUCUUUCCUAAGUUGUGGUAUAUGAACUUUUCUUCAAAUCAGUUUCAUGGAACCAUUCCAUCUUCUAUAGGCGAGAUGAAAGGUCUAGACUGGUUAGACAUGUCUUCCAACGGUCUAUCUGGGCAGCUACCUAACACUUUCUGGAGUGGCUGCUACUCAUUGGGACUUCUAAAGCUCUCCAACAAUCAUUUCCAAGGGAAAAUAUUUCCACAGCAUGCAAAUUUCACUAGAUUAAAUGCGCUAUAUCUUGAUGGAAACAAUUUUACUGGCUAUAUUGGAGAGGGAUUGAUGAAUUCAAGAAACCUAUUUGAUUCUUGA